AUGCAGAACGACGAGGAGUUCUUUGUUGGAGACGAGGGGUCGUCUGACACGUCUUCUGAUCUUGAGCUGGUAAUUAACAAGGUUCCUGAGCGUGGGGAAGAGCAUAAAGAGGAUGCGGCAGGGCAGAGUAUAUUGGAUUAUGACAUAGAUAUUUUUACAGACAAGCCAUGGAACAAGCCUGGAGCAGACAUUACGGAUUACUUUAAUUAUGGAUUUAACGAGAUGACGUGGAAGGAAUACUGCAGCAUGCAGAGGAGAAAGAGCGAGUUUACACUUGGCAGUGAAGAUUGGGCGGAUGGCCGGUAUAGUGGGGUGCAGAGAGGAUUCAGUGAGAUCAAGAGGGAAGGAGAAGGCGGACGUAAGGAGAAGAGCAAGAAGUCAAGACGAGAAGAGCGAGAUGGAAGGUCACGGACGGAUAGACCAAGAAGGGGACGAGGAAGAGGAGGAAGAAGCAAGAGUGAUAAGGAAGAAAGAGAUGGAAGACGAAGGGAGAUGCAGAGGGAGAAUGGAAGACGCAUGUAG